UUCUUUAACUAUGAAUUUUGCUCCAGAGUUAAUAAACCAUUCUCAAAAAGUCUGUGCACUGUACAAAACGGCACUGAGAAUGAUAGAGUCCUAUUAUUAUCCUAGAUAUGUCGUACGUUAUCACCAAAUUCUUAUGAGAAAGCGAUUUGAUGAUAAUAAAUGCGUUUGCGAUCCUAAGGAGCAACGUCGUCUUUUAUGGGUAGGGGAGCAUGAAGCUUUCAUGAAGAAAAACCCUAUAUUUCUUGGACGUUUUUCAAAAUCAUUUGGACGUGCAGGAGGUGUAGCUUUUGAACGAGUAGUUGAACCACCGGACUGGGUUAUGGAUUAUUGGCAUCCAUUAGAAAAAGCUCAGUAUCCAGAAUAUUUUGCUAAGCGGGAGUGCCGGAAAAACGAGUUCAUCAAAAAAUGGGAAGCUGGUAUUUUGUAA